AUGGCAUCUAUAACUGGUUUAACUCUCACAACCCCAAGAAUCUUAGCCAAGGCAUCAGAUUCACCAAAAAUCAAGCCCAUCAACAACUUCUCAUUCCCAUGGAAGAAGAGGUGCAACACUCAAUUCAUCCGCCUUGUGGCGGCGGCGGCGCCAGAUGGUCUGUCGGAAAAGGUGGUGGAGAGCAUUAAGACUGCCGAGGAGGCCUGCGCCGAGGACCCCGUCCGCUGCGAGUGCGCGGCUGCGUGGGACGAAGUGGAGGAGCUAAGUGCUGCAGUGAGCCAUGCAAAGGACAAGAAGAAAGAAUCUGAUCCUUUAAAUUCUUUAUUAUUAUUGUUAUCGUUUCGAGUUGUUUCGUUUCAUAGUACCUUUAGAUUUUGA